AGUAAUCAAAGAGACAAUGCCCGAGAUAGAUUCAUUUCAAUUAUGCAACAUCUCCGAUUUGAUGACAAGGACACACGGGCAGAACAGGUGAAAACAGACAAAUUUGCUGCAAUCUCCGACAUCUGGACACGCUUCAACAAGAACUGUGCUGAGAGUUUCACUCCAGGAGAACACAUGACCAUAGAUGAACAGCUGUUCCCUACAAAGGUUCGUUGUCCAUUCUCACAGUAUAUUGCAACCAAGCCCGGCAAAUUUGGGAUCAAGUUUUGGAUGGCCACAGAUUUGGAGACCAAAUAUGUCUGCAGUGCAUCUCCUUACUUGGGAAAGGACCCCAGUCGUCAGAAGGGAGAGAGGCUGGCAGAGAGCGUGGUCAUGAAUCUGAUGGAGCCAUUUUUGGAUGAUGGGAGAAAUGUCACGACGGACAGUUUCUUUACUUCACCGUCACUGUUGCACAGACUGCUGCAACGCAAAACAACACUACUGGGCACGGCACAAGUCCGAAAUGGCAGAAAUAGGAAACCAACCAUGAAAACAGACUACAACCACAUGAAGGGAGUGGCAUUGCAUGACUACAGCACAGUGCUGUGCAUAAAAGCAGACCGACCCAGGCAGGAGAAUCAUUUCUUCUUCACAUUUUUGGGAAUGUACAUCAGGAUGGCCUCUGUAUCACUGCGACGCAGGAAGAACCGCUCCUCGCAACAGGCUUUGGCCAGGCUUCAGGAAAUGGACGAAGCAGACUCUGAUGGAGGAAAGAUUUCAUUUGUCCAGCAGGCCACUGAUACCUCCUCAGAAGACUCAGAAAAGGAGACGGAACAAGAACCCUACAUGCCUCCUCGGAAGAAGCACCGUGUGUAA